AUGCUGUACCUGAUCGGCCUCGGGCUCGGAGACGCCGCUGAUAUCACGGUGAAAGGUCUGGAAGCGGUAAAGAGAUGCUCCCGGGUGUACCUGGAGGCCUACACCUCCAUUCUCACCGUGGGGAAAGAAGCACUGGAGGAGUACUACGGGAAGCAGCUGGUGCUGGCUGACAGGGACCUGGUAGAGCAGGGAGCUGAUGAGAUCCUGAAGGAUGCAGAUGUGACCGACGUGGCGUUCCUGCUGUAUAACUUCGGGGAAACGGUGUCCGUCGUGUUUUGGACGGAAACCUGGAGGCCGGAAAGCUUCUACGACAAAAUCUGUAAAAACAGAGCAGCCGGACUGCACACGCUCUGUCUGCUGGAUAUUAAAGUCAAAGAGCAAAGCAUCGAGAACAUGAUGAGAGGAAAGAAGAUCUAUGAACCUCCUCGCUUCAUGACGGUCAGUCAGGCCGCAGAUCAGCUGAUUCAGAUCGUCCACAGGAGGCGGGAGGAGGGGGAGGAGCUAGGUGUCACCGAGGACACGGUGUGCGUGGGCGUGGCCCGGCUCGGUUCCGACGACCAGGUGAUCCGCACGGGGACGUUACAGCAGCUGGUGUCAUGUGACCUAGGUGGGCCGCUCCAUUCGCUGGUCGUCACCGGUCAACUCCACCCGCUGGAGGUGGACAUGCUGCGAGUGAACGAAGAACCAAACGCACUGCAGCAUCUGAGGAUGAUUGACAGCUCAACAUACAUAUCCUAA